GGCAGAGAGUGUCGCGGAUGAAUUCGUUGCCAUUCCGUCGGAACGUGGUACGGGAGGCAUAGUUCGCGCUGGUGGUCCUGGUGGUGUGAUCGGUCGAUCGGUGGUCGAUCAAGUGCGUCGGAGAUCGAAUCACUCCAAAAAUCGACUAAUCAGAUAGCUACCACCUGGCACGAUGUGGACCGGAUCGCUCGCGUUUUUCAUCAUCAUCGUUUCGUUCGUCUCAGCGUCUAAGGAAACGAUUGAUCUCUCAUUUCGGAAACUGAAGAAAGAAGAUUUCUUCAUUAGAAUGCAAACCCAGAUCAAUCUACACGAAGUAACAGAUCUUAAUCUAAGGGGGAACGAAUUCGACAGUUUUCUGGAUUGCUCCACCAAUCUGGAGACACUGAAAACGCUAGAUUUGUCUCAGAAUCAUCUUCAACGAUUUUUCUUCUUGUGCAAGGAAGAAUACAAUUUACAAAUAUUAAACGUGAGCCACAACAAAUUGGAGUACAUCGACGACAAUGCUCUCAACGAUCGGAUACCGAAAUUGAAGAUACUAGAUCUUUCUUUCAACAAGCUCACUGUCGUUAACGAGACCAUGCUACAACACCUAACGAUUCUCGAGUAUUUGUCUUUGUCCCAUAAUCCUAUAGGGGAUGGAAUACAUGAAAGCGCGUUCUGGAAUUUGAGGGCAUUAAAACACCUCGAUUUGAAGUUUAUAUCCGCGCCAUAUUUUUCAUCGGAUUUCUUCAAGACCUUGACGAAUUUAUCGAUUUUGGAUCUGUCUUGGAACCCGAUCAGCACGAUACCCGAUCAGUUACCGACAAGUUUGCAAGAGUUAGAUUUAUCCGGCACGCAAGUGACAAGUCUCGAAAACUUGAAUCUACCGCAGCUACAAGAACUGCGGCUGAAUCACAUGCCGAACUUGACGUCGCUGCCACUGAACGAUCUGAAAAACUUGACCAGUCUGGAAAUAUUAUCGAUGAUCGGUUGCAAACAAUUAGUUCAACUUGAUUUUUGGCCGCAGGUUGGCAUUGUGCUGCCACGAUUACAGCGCCUUUCAAUAAAAGAUUGCAGUCUAGAAACUCUAGGUGUCGAGUUGCGGCCGUUGAUGCAACGGAUACCCGUCAUCGAAUUGGGAAAUAAUCCCUGGCAGUGCGACUGCAAAUUGGAAUGGAUCAGUCUGACGAACCAGACCAAGAAUCUUAGUCGGGACAUCAGAUGCCACACACCAGAUCAGCACCAAGCCAAACUUCUGGCUGAAAUACCGAACUACGAGCUACAAUGUGAAUACGACUCGUCGGUCAUUUAUCCGAUCCUGUGGACGGGCCUCGCGAUAUUGAUCGUUACCAUGAUCGUCACCGUGUUCUUGGUCCUCCUCAAACGGCCAAUAAACCAAUGGAGCUUCAAGGGAAGGAAUGGGGAUACCGUCACGUACAAAAACGUCGUCGAGUCGAACAAUGAUCUGGUCCGAAUACUGGCGGUGUCCGAGACGCACGAACGCAACGAAGAAUGAAGCCAAAUUGAAAUUGGAAAGAGAAAGAACAACACAGACGAGUGGACGGAAAAAUCGUCGGGCUAACAGCAGACGUUUCAACGAGUCUUUUUUCGAAAAGCUUUGUUGUAACGGUUACCUAGUAAUAAUAUACCAUAGCGUAAUUGCGAUGACCAUGCGAGAAAGUCGUCCCAAAAGAUUGCCCUAUUGUUUUCUUUUUCACAUUGACGAAAUAUGUCGGUUCGUAAGAUGUAAAUAGGAACAAACGUUGAUUUAAAUAAACGAUGUGGAAAUCAGGUUUCUUUGAAA